UGUAAACCCCGCCCACAGCGCUGUUCAGGAAAAAGCCUGACCGAAAAUCGCUUUGGCAAUAUGAAGUCAGGACAGACUGGAGGAAAUCUUUAACAGAAAACAAACCGCUCGUCACGCUGCAUAAACGGGGAGUCUGCUCACAGCUGGUUGAUCUGAGCUCACUCAGCUUUUAAAGCCUUGUUUGGAGCAGAUAUUAGCUCGCGCGGUUAGCUUGUUCGCUAACUUUCAGGGCGCUUCACGGCGAGAUUCUCUCAACCGGUUGUGCAAGAAGACGAGCUGAUACUACCUCAUCAUGGGAUCAAGAGCUUCCACAUUACUGCGAGAAGAAGAAAUCGAAGAAAUUAAAAAAGAGACCGGCUUCUCCCACAGCCAGAUCACACGACUGUACAGCCGCUUCACCAGCCUGGAUAAAGGAGAGAACGGUACUCUCAGCCGAGAAGAUUACCAGAGGAUUCCUGAGUUGGCCAUCAACCCUCUGGGAGACAGAAUCAUCAAUGCAUUCUUCCCUGAGGGAGAGGACCAGGUGAAUUUCAGGGGCUUCAUGCGCACCCUGGCUCACUUCAGACCUAUUGAGGACAACGAGAAGAACAAGAACCCCACCGCCUCCGAGCCGCUGAACAGCAGAUCAAACAAGCUCCUGUUUGCGUUCCGUCUGUAUGACCUGGACAGAGAUGACAAAAUCUCUCGGGAUGAGCUGCUGCAGGUCUUGCGGAUGAUGGUUGGUGUAAACAUUUCCGACGAACAGCUCGGGAGCAUUGCUGACAGGACCAUCCAGGAAGCAGACACCAAUGGAGAUAGCUGCAUUUCCUUUCAAGAAUUUAUAAAGGUCUUGGAAAAGGUGGAUGUGGAACAGAAAAUGAGCAUCCGGUUCCUGCACUAAGCCUAAUUUGUCUUGGGUGGAGUUUGGACUUGACAUGGGUCAGAACACAACCUCAUCAAGCUGUUCAGCCGCUGUGGCCCUUGUCACACACACACACCCCAUCAGACCAAGUAUUUGGUAGAUAAUCAUUCUGAGCUUCUGCCUCCACGCUGCUCUCUAGGUUGAGGGAAAAGUUGGGUUGUUUUAUGCAAUGUCACCAUGUGUAUUCUCUCAAUAAUGCAAUAUUUAUUAGAAACUCUUUAGAUGCUUGUGGUGAGCUGCGUGGUGAACAUUGCUGUAGAGCCUAGAGUAGGUUUAAUCCAAGCUUGCUCAUCCUUAUCCACUCAAACUCCACUGCAUUUUCUCCCCCUUAGUUCAAAGUGUUAAAAUGUAUUAUUCCUCUUCUGGAGAGCCAGAAAGCUUCUCUAAAUUGUGGCAAAACAAGUCAGACCAGUUGUAAUUCAGUCCCAUGUGGGAGAGCAGGACCCACUCUCUGAAGUGCCAUGACCCAUAGUCUUUCUGUCAUACAGAUUCAUCUGGUUUAUUCAGAACAACUGUUAGUUUGUUUAAAGAGCUAAGCCUUUUGAAAAACCAGGGCCUCUGUUAAUGUCUUAUUUGUGUACGGUUUAGUGGGCGCAUCAUCCUAAGAACCAGGAUUUAGCUACCACACUUACAAGUUUUAUUCCAUUUAUUAAGACUUGAUGAAGCCUUAGAAAUUAGUGUUAGUUGGACCUUUAAGUUUGUAGAUAAAAAUAUAUAUUUCUGUUUCUUUCGUAAAUCUAAUUGUGAAAAAUAAGCUUAAUUUAUCCGCUGCUCAGCAUAUGUCCUAUAAAUUAUUUCCCUUCUAACUCAAUAUGCUGAAGUGUCAAAUGCUUUAAGAAUAUGUAAUAUACCUGGCCUGUUUGUACAUAACCCAGAGAGUAGUCUGAUCCAUUUUUAUUUUUAAUGUGAGUUUGUUAAAUCAUUGCUCGUAAUCAUAAUAAUGUGACCAUGCUACCGGUAUGAUUCAUGUGUGGUUUAGAUAUUAGAGAUUCUUGAAUUUGAAUUGAUUAAAAUACGUUCUAUGCA